AUGGCUGCUGACGGUGAUAUCGAGAACCAGCGACAGGCGCACACGGAAGAGACGCCGCUACUGAUAAACCAGGAACAGGAACACCAUGACAGAGUGCAAAAGCAGGUGGGAAAUGUGCCUGCGCAACCCCGGCGAUACCUGUUGUAUGCCUUGAAAGCGGCCCUCGGUCUUAUCGGAGUAGGCAUCGCCGUGCUCUUCGUCAAAGGCUGGAUCGAUGCCGGCAGCGACGUCGACUUUGACUUCAAGAAGGCGCUCAAGAAGGCGCUGGGCGGCGGUCUAAGUGGUGCUGCAGCCAUGGUGCUCCAGGUUCUCCUCCUCAUGCCACUGCGAACCAUUAUGAACUACCAGUACCGUUAUGGGACUUCAUUCUCGACGGCCACCGCGACCUUGUAUACCAGCGGUGGCCUGGGGCGGUACUACGACGGCAUCGGAGCAGCCUUGAUCCAAGGCCCCGUUUCGAGAUUUGGCGACACUGCUGCCAACGCCGGCAUCCUCGCGCUUCUCCAGUCCAACUCGUACCUUAAAGACCUGCCCGUACUCGUCAAGACGGUAUUCGCCUCUCUUUGCGCGGCCGCCUUUCGAAUGAUCCUCACCCCGGUCGACACCUUGAAGACGACCCUCCAAGUCCAAGGAGCCGGCGGCACCGCGCUCCUCCGCACGCGUAUUAGCAAGCACGGCCUCGGAACACUCUGGUGGGGAGCCUUUGCCACGGCGGGCGCCACGUUCGUGGGACAUUACCCGUGGUUCGCGACGUACAACAUAUUGAGCGAGGCCAUCAGGGAGCCGCCCAAGGAGCAGAUUAUCCUCUGGCUUCUCCGCCUCGCGUUCAUCGGCUUCGCCGCCUCGCUGGUGUCUGACUGCGUGUCCAACUCGCUCCGGGUAGUCAAGACGUACCGCCAAGUCAACGAGACGCAGGUAUCCUACACCAAAGCAGCGCAGCUGGUGAUCCAGGGCGAUGGCGUGUCGGGUCUUUUGGGCCGCGGACUGCCGACGCGCAUCCUAUGCAACGGCCUGCAAGGACUUUUGUUCUCCAUCUUGUGGAAGCUGUUCCUCGACUAUUUGGAGUCGAGGAAAGGUGAGUGGUGA